AUGGCUGACGCACCACCCCGAGCGCAACCUCUGACCUGUCACGGCCACUCGCGACCCGUUCCUCACAUUGCUUUCUCGUCCCUGACCAACAAAGAUGGCUGCGAAUACUACCUCAUCUCAGCCUGCAAAGACAACAACCCCAUGCUGCGCGACGGCCAGACGGGCGACUGGAUAGGAACCUUCAUAGGCCACAAAGGAGCCGUGUGGCAGGCUCGUCUCUCCCCCGACGCUUCCCAUGCCGCGACCGGCAGCGCCGACUUCACCGCCAAGAUCUGGGACACCCACAGCGGCGAGUGCCUCUACACCCUUCAGCACAAUCACAUUGUACGCGCCGUGGCCUAUCCGCCCGACAAUACCAACAUCAUGGCCACUGGUGGCUACGAGAAGAAGCUGCGCAUUUGGGAUGUCCCCGAGAAACCCAAGUUGGACGAGUCCGGCACCGUCGAAACCACCACCAUUGACACAAACGCUAGUACCGUCUUUGAGAUCUGCCCCGGCGAACACACGGCUUUCAUCAAGUUCAUAGUCUGGACUCGAGACCCAAAUACCCUCGUCACGGCCUCGGGCAACACCCUACGAUGGUUCGAUUUGCCCUCGCAAAGCGUCACCCGUUCACAGGUUCUUGAUGGUGAGAUUGGAAGCUGUGAAUUCAAUGCAUCGGAUCCUUCCUGCCGAUCGAGCGGUGAUAUCGGUGACGGACUGCCCGUACUAGCUGUUGCUGCCGGCAAGUGCGUCUACUUCUGGGGGGUGGACUUCCCGGUGGCCAGCGUCGCUGUUGAUCUGAAGGGUAGAAAGUAUGCUGUCGGUCAGGAUACCCCCAAAACCUGGGCGUUGGUAUACAACUGGGAUGAUGACUCUCUCAUCGAAACCCACAAAGGUCACCACGGCCCUGUAUGGUCCAUUGCCUUCGCACCUGACAACAAGCUGUACGCAACUGCUUCCGAGGACGGAACCAUCAAGCUCUGGAAAAACUGUGAGGGAAAAUAUGGUUUGUGGCACGGCGAAAACGGCAGUGAAUAG